AUGAUGCGCUCCACGCGUCCAAAGAAACUCACCUCCAAGCAACCUAUCCCUAUAUUCCGUGAAGAUCAAAUUGAUAUCAUCGAAGAUGACCUCCAAACUACUCUACAGGCCAUUGAUACUGGUGUUGAGAAGGCUGAGGAGACUGAAUACCAUCUCCAAGCCGCAAUAAACGCUGCUGCCCGCGGGAACAUUGCACAGGCGCAUAUCCCUACCCCCGAAACUGUAACAAGCUCUAUCAAAUAUGAUACUCUGUACAAGCCCACAUUCUCACAGCCUGCGACGUACAUCCGAUUUUCAUCAACGGUGGAAGAUUGUAGUGGGUGUAGUUAUAACUUAGUCGAAGAGGACGAUGUUGCUCUCAAGAUUAUGAACCAGAAGAAGGGUGCUUCCACGCAAUGUACCGAGGAUCAAUUCGAAGAGUUCAUGGCCUUCUUCGAGGAGACCGCCCAAACAAAGCAACCAUUUGCAUCGGUCGACAGCCCUCCAGUUCUCUCAUAUUCCGAAAUGGAACAUUGCUUUGACGGGCUCGUAGACGAAAAUGCAAGGAGGUUUGCCAGGGAUAUAUAUGAACAUUGGAAAUCUAGGAGAACUAAAUGUGUAAAUCGACCCCUGCAGACUGGGCUCAAAUUUGAGACUGGUCAGGAAACAGAUGAUGGAGAUCCCUAUGUGUGCUUCCGUAGAAGGGAAGUGCGACAAAUUCGCAAGACCCGUGGUAGGGAUGCCCAGAGUGCCGAGAAGCUGCGGCGACUGAGAAAGGAGCUGGAAGAAGCUCGGGAGUUGGUCGCCAUGGUACGACAACGCGAAUUAGCAAGGAAAGAGCUGCUUGUCGCUGAGCGACAAGUGUUUGUCCAACGGGCUGAAGUAAAGGAGAUGAAAAGAAAACUUGGUAUCAAGGACGAUGAUGAUGACCUCGUCAACCAAAGGCAGCCAAAGAAACGGCCGCCAGAAGUACCAGCUAGCAGUCGUCCAGGUGCCACACAGCUUCGCAUGCCCCCCCGACCUAGUGGACAGCCAGGAGAGGACUUGGUGCUGCUGGAAGAUGUACAAGCAGAUAAAGAAAGCGAAGUUCUGCGAGAAAUCAAGCAAAACAUUGCGAAACAUUCUAAAUGGAAUGAGGGAUACGUUGAUUGGACGACAGCACCACUUACUCCAACUUCAGACCAUAGCUUCGAUGCUGAGUUCCGCCCAGCAAUAACCACAGAAUAUCUCCCCACGCCUCCAGCUUCGGAGUCCUCGGAUCAUUCUCGAGACGCCUUGGAAGAGCUAAGCCGUUUCGAUGCGCUGACCAAAUUCGCGAGGACGGUUCAACAGUGUAUCCCUUCAGACGAAGAGUCUAGUAGAAACAUGCCAUCCUUCCGGCGUCGCAUAGGACGGGGUGGGAGGAUGAUGAUCGACCGCCGCAACCUUCCAUUCCGAAAUAAGUCGGAGGCUGAUCCGAUAAAACUUGAGCGGUUCAAGUAUGAUCAAGACGAUGAGGACAUGGAUCCGAUAUAUGAAAUGGAUGAGUUUGACAUCCAGAUCAUGCAGCAUCGAGCGUAUCUGUCAGCCAAGUCGAGAGACCAGGCGGCAGCGCAAGCCCAGUUUCAAGCCCAUGUGCAAGCCCAACGGCGCUUACAGGGCGAAACCCCUGUGAUGGCGGGGCCAAAUAAUUCCCACAACGGAACGAACAACGUAGUAUUGAAAGGGCCGGCAGCUCAAACUCCGUCUUGA